UAAGGUUUUUCAAUGCGCAGGAAAAAAGUGGGUGCUGCCAUUCGAAAAUUUCGAAAUUUUUUCACUGUAACUACAAGAGUGAGAGUUCUAUUGUUUUAAAUCAUCAGUCUCCAGCGCAUAUCUCUCCAAGUAAUAACACCUAAAAUUUCAUUUCAACUGGAUACGCCGCGAAAGGUUUAUAUAUCUGGGACGCUUUUUUAUGACCACACUGUAUAUAAGCGUACGUAAUUUUUGUAAUUUGAAUCGGCACUUAUUUGAUUUCGAAAUCUAAAUGGCGUACCUGCAAAAAUCAGUAAUGAAUAUAUUUGGAUCUGUACGAGAACCAAUAAGAACUCACAGCACCAUUAGGAAAUGUUAUCGAAACUACGUAAGUUACAGAAGUAAGGCGACUACAACAGAAGGAAAUAAAUGGCAAAACGAAUCAGAUACAGUGAUCAUCGGAGGUGGUGCAGUUGGAACAAGCAUCGCUUACCAUUUAGCAAAACUGGGAAAGAAAGAUGUUCUUCUCCUAGAAAAGUCUGAGCUAACUGCUGGAUCAACAUGGCAUGCGGCAGGAUUAACAGCACUUUAUAACGCUGGUAUUAACAUGAAGAAAAUUCAUUAUUACAGUAUUAAUCUUUUUUCUCAAUUAGAAGAUGAAACUGGCCAAUUCCUAAGUUUUCACAGACCUGGCAGUAUUAGAUUGGCUACAACAGAGGAGCGAAUGAACGAGUUUCGCUAUCAAAUGCAACGUCAAGGCUGGCAUCCAGCUCCACAGAAGUUAAUAUCUCCUGAUGAAAUACUUCAACAUUUUCCUUUACUAAAUAUGGAAGGUAUUUUAGGCGGCCUUUAUAAUCCAGCAGAUGGUCACAUUGAUCCGUAUUCUUUGACAAUGGCUUAUGCAAGUGGGGCAAGGAAAUAUGGAGCAAAUAUACACACCAACUGCGCUGUGACCAAUCUCAGAAAUCGCUCUGACGGUGGCUGGUAUGUGGAAACAUCUCGAGGAACAAUCAGUGCUAAACGUAUUAUCAAUGCAUCAGGAUUCUGGGCUCUUGAAAUUGGUAAAAUGAAUGGCCUUGAAUUACCUCUUGUACCUGUUCAGCAUCAAUUCGUGAUUACGAAACCUAUUAAAGAAGUUCAAGCAUUAGAGAACGAACCUCCGGUUUUAAGGCAUCUGGAAGGCUCAUUUUAUCUAAGAGCAGAACGUGGUGGCCUCUUAGUAGGGCCUUAUGAGUACCCUGAGAAAAUGAAUGUCAUCGAAGACUGGGCAAUAAAUGGUGUACCACAAGGUUUUGGUAAAGAACUAUUUCAGCCUGAUUUGGACAGACUUACAGAUCAUUUGGAAGUCGCAAUGAAUUUGGUCCCUCUUCUGCGAAAUGCUGAUAUUCAGACAGUUGUAAAUGGACCAAUAAUGUAUACACCAGAUUUAUUACCUAUGUUGGGACCAUAUUAUGGCUUGCCAAAUAUGUGGAUGGCUGUCGGAUUUAGUUACGGUAUCAUUCAUUCUGGUGGAGCUGGAAAAUACCUUGCUCAUUGGAUCGUAGAUGGUGAACCCCCGUUUGAUUUAAAUGAAACUGAUGCAAAUCGAUUUGGCAAAUGGACAACAAGGGAAUACGUGUUUUCAAAAGUGCGGGAAACAUAUGGCAUGAAUAAUAGUUAUACGUAUCCUAAGGAAGAAAGAUGGGCUGGAAGACCAACAUCUCGUGUCUCUGGAGCUUACAAAAAGAUGUUAGAAAGAGGAGCUGAAAUGGGCUUUCAUGCAGGAUGGGAACAACCAGCAUGGUUUGCUCUCGAAAAUGAUUGCAAAGGAUAUAAACCUAGUUUUGAAAGGACGAAUUGGUUUAAUGCUGUUGGAAGAGAAUGUAAUCUAGUGAUGAAUAAAGUGGGAGUGUUGGAUUUAACACCUUUUGCUAAGAUUGAUGCCAAGGGGAAGGGCUGUAAUGCUUUCUUGGAUAAAAUUCUCGCCAAUAAACUUCCGAAGCUUGGAAGGACAAAUAUAUCCCACCUAUUAACUCCGAAAGGAAAGGUAUACGCAGAGCUUACUGUAACGAGAAUGGCUGAAGAUCAUUUCUUCUUAAUCACAGGUUCAGGCUCAGAAAUUCAUGAUCUUAGGUGGCUGCAAGAGCACGCAAGCUUAUGGAACAACAAUGUGGAAUUUCAGAAUAUUACUGAUGAAAUGGCUUGCUUGAGUGUUGUUGGACCAUUGUCAAGAAAUGUUUUGGCAAAACUUACAAAGCAAGACAUGGAUAAUCGUGCAUUUCCCUUCCUAAGCGCAAAGACGAUAGAAAUAGCUGGAAUUCCAAUAAGAGCUUUAAGGAUAUCAUACACUGGUGAAUUAGGAUGGGAACUGUAUCAUCCUUCCUCUCAUACACUUACCUUAUACGAUGCAUUACUUGAUGCAGGAGAAGAAUUUGGUAUAGGAGAUUUUGGUACUUAUGCUCUAAAUUCUCUGAGAAUUGAAAAAGGAUUUCGAAUGUGGGGCGCAGAGAUGAAUAUUGAUUCAAAUCCUUAUGAAGCGGGCCUAGAUUAUUUCAUCGCUAUAAAUAAAGAAGCUGAUUUCAUUGGCAAAUCUUCUUUGCGUCAAAUACUAAGGAAUGGAUUAAAUCGCAAACUGGCCUAUCUGAAGGUAGAUUCAUCCAAUGUCGAUCCUGAAGGGAAUGAAUCUGUUUGGUGCAGUGAUAGAGUAAGUUAG